CUGAAAUUUGAGCAGGAAAACGGGUUCCUUCUGUCUCGGGCUAAGAUUACAAAGACAGGAGUGACUCCCAAGGAGUAGCAGUAGAAGCGGUAAAACGAGCUAUGAAGUCUUACACUCCGUUUUUCGUACUCCUGUGGAGUGCUGUUGGACUAGCAAAGGCUGCCAAAAUCGUUGUUGUGCCGCCAAUUAUGUUUGAAAGCCAUAUGUACAUUUUCAAGACCUUAGCCUCAGCAUUGCAUGAGAGAGGCCACCAGACAGUGUUUCUCCUGUCCGAAGGCAGAGACAUCAUGCCAUCUAAUCAUUAUGGACUGCAGCGCUAUCCAGGAAUCUUUAACAGCACCACUUCAGAUGCUUUCCUACAGUCCAAAAUGCGGAAUAUUUUCUCUGGGAGACUUACAGUAAUAGAACUGUUCGACAUACUGGACCACUAUUCUAAGAACUGUGAGAUGAUGGUUGGCAACGAUGCCUUGAUGCAGGGCCUGAAAAAAGAAAAAUUUGAUUUGCUGCUCGUGGAUCCUAAUGAGAUGUGUGGAUUUGUUAUAGCUCACCUUUUAGGGGUGAAGUAUGCAGUAUUUUCCACAGGUCUUUGGUAUCCUGCUGAAGUGGGGGCUCCCAUGCCAUUGUCUUAUGUUCCAGAAUUUAACUCACUUCUCACAGAUAAUAUGAACUUUCUGGAAAGGUUGAAAAAUACUGGCGUUUACCUCAUUUCCAGAUUAGGAAUCAGCUAUCUGGUUCUUCCAAAAUAUGAAAGGAUAAUGCAGAAGUAUCACCUGCUUCCAGUGAGAUCCAUGUAUGAUUUGGUUCAGGAGACCAGCCUUUGGAUGCUUUGUACAGAUGUGGCACUGGAGUUCCCAAGACCCACUCUACCUAAUGUUGUUUACGUGGGAGGAAUCCUAACCAAACCAGCCAGCCCACUACCAGAAGAUCUCCAAAGAUGGGUAAAUGAGUCUAAUGAACAUGGUUUUGUCCUGGUAUCUUUUGGAGCUGGUGUAAAAUAUUUAUCAGAAGACAUCACAUGCAAACUAGCAGGAGCUUUGUCAAGGUUGCCUCAAAAGGUGAUUUGGAGGUUUUCUGGACUCAAACCAAAGAAUCUCGGAAAUAACACAAAACUUAUAGAAUGGCUACCCCAAAAUGAUCUGCUUGGACAUUCAAAUAUUAAAGCAUUUCUAAGCCAUGGUGGCUUGAACAGCAUUUUUGAAACUAUGUACCAUGGAGUCCCUGUGGUGGGUAUUCCACUUUUUGGAGAUCAUUAUGAUACAAUGAUUCGAGUUCAGGCAAAAGGCAUGGGCAUAUUGCUAGAAUGGAAGUCAAUGACUGAACAGGACUUAUUUGAAGCCUUGAUAAAAGUUAUUAAUAAUCCCAGCUACCGUGCACGUGCCCAGAAGUUGUCAGAAAUUCACAAGGAUCAACCUAGUCAUCCUGUCAAUCGAACUGUGUAUUGGAUUGAUUACAUUCUCCGUCAUAAUGGAGCACACCAUCUACGGGCUGCUGUCCACCGCAUCUCUUUCUCUCAGUAUUUUUUAUUGGAUAUCGUCUUUGUGCUGUUACUUUGUGCUGCUUUAUUUUACUUCAUUUUCACAAUGAUGGUCAAAUUCACCUACAAACAUAGCACAUGUCUCUGGUCUAGGAAUGAGCAUAGCACUGUUAAUGGACAUUACCACAAUGGAAUCCCCAAUGGCAAAUAUAAAAGAAAUGGCCACAUUAAACAUGAGAAGAAGGUGAAAUGAGCCAUUCCCACCUGUGUUAUCUCAAGGAAUCAGUUCAGUAGUUGAAUUUUUAUCACUGUAACUUAGUCUAAUAGCUACUUAAAGGAAAACCUCAGUAAACAAUUCUAACAGUCCCCUAUGUACUCUUACAGGAUGAAAUUCUAUAUAACUAAGAUGUCUUUAAAAACAAACACACACAUACACACACACACACACACACACACACACACACACACACACACACCCUUAAAAUGUAAAAGUGUAUUUUAUUCUUAAUAUUGAAGAGAGGUUAUUUUGGCACUGAAAUUUUUUAGCAACCUUAAUUUGAAUCAAUUCAAUGACCUUAAAAGUUCUUAGUUUUAAAACCAGAGUGUGUAUGACUGAAAUAAGAAAUUUUUUUUGUUCUCAAAAAAGCUUUUUUUUUUAGUUUAGUUUAGUUUUUUAAUACUUUUCUCUUAAUUGAGAGAAUUUCAGCCAGCUGCAUAUUUUUAAAUUUAUUGAAGUUACAACACUCCUAAGAAUGAGAUUGAGAACAAGGCAUGAUCCCAGAAUGUUUGGCACCCAGAAAUUUAGUUGGUUGUAGACUCAGAAUACUACUAUGAAAGAAUGUUUCCUCCCUAAACUGAGCGCUGAAGAAGAAAAAGAAGUAGCAAUGAUAUUUUUACUAUAUAUGAACUCUUUUGGCCUCUGCUAUUAAAGACAUGAAAUUAAGUAAGGGUACAAAUGAUUGUCACUUAAUAGAUGUACACAUAUUUUGUUUUGUUUUUUUCUUGUGUUUUCCAUUCAUCAAUAACUUUCCUCUGGACAAAUUUUAUGGGAUUUAAAAAAUUAUUUCAACAAAGAGCAUAGAUAUGUUGAAAAUACAUAAUUAAGAAAUGAAACUGACAACAGUGUCCUUGCAAAAAGUUUGAGCUUGUAUACAUAGCCUUGUGAAAGAAGAGGGUUUCUGUCUCUGUCUCUUUUCCAUUUCUCUUUCUUUCCCCCUCAUUCCUUUUCUUCCUUCUUUUCUCCUUGUCUUUCUCUUCAUUCUUUUCUCUUUUUCUUAAGGAAUAUUUUUUGGAGAGGCAGAAUUGGUAUAUAAGAAAUAUUUCAAGUGUUUCCUAUAAUAGGAUAUUUAUACUUAAAAUCUGUUCCAUUUCAAUAUUUCUAUAUUGAAGAGAGAAAAAAGUAAACAUCAUCUUUGUUCAUUAUAUUGAUUCAGACCACACUAUCUUCAUUGCUAAUAUUUCAUGCUCUCAAAAUAGCACGUCUAGUUUUUUUAGUUGGGAACUGCUUUUUGACAAGAGAUUUAGAAUCAAACCCAGUGUACCAUAAUAAAGACCACAGAGAUCAUGUCUUUCUUUUCCCAACAUGAUCCCAAUUGCCCUCUUUCCCUUGGCAAUCUUUUUCAAUCACUGUAGCUGACAUGGGACAUCGAUACUAUUGAUUUGAGAACAGGGAUGCAGGAAAUUCAGCAGAAUAAAACCAAAACUAUUUUCCUGCUGAAACCUGUCAAGGUUGGCAACUUUUAGUAUAUUUCCAUGUCAUUUCUGUUUACGGUGUUUGCUCUACAGAUGCUGAGUGUAUGCUUUAUAUAUAGUUUUAAAUCCCAUGUCUCACCAAGGGAAGGAAAAAGAACAAUUUAUCUAGUGUUGUUCACUAACAUGGGAAAUGUUAUGAAAAUUAGAUAAGAAUAUGGAAGAAUCAUCUUCAUACACAGUGAUGCAAACUUUCAUUACCAAUUACACCAGGAGCCACCAUCCCGUUGUGCAAGUUUAUGUCACAAAAAGUUUCUGAUGCACAGUGCAGACAAGUGUGCUGCUUUCUGAAUACUUGAAGAAAUUAUAAACAAGCUUAUUAACUAUGUUUUUUCUCCUUUUUUUCAUUCUUAGCAUAACAGGACAAUUAAAAGAGAAUGCUUAUGCACAGGCAAUGAUUGGUGAGGUGGUAAUAGAACUUAGAGUGUAUGAAUGAUCUGGUUUUACUGUUUUUGGUAUUGAAGAAAGUAGCUAGUACAAACACUGACCGGAUGAUUAAGCCUAAUUAAUCUCCAUUGUGAUAAAACAAACAAAAAACUUAAACAAUAAACAUGAAUUUAAUGGAGAAAAAUGUUGUAAUAAGUUUUUACUUAGUUGUUAUUUCAUAGAAUAAUUAUGUGCGUCUACUCCACCCUCUUCUUGAUCUCUAGAUUCUUCAUAUAUAUGAGCAUGUAUGAGCGCAUUUAUGCAUUGUGCAUUCUAUCUGAAGCAAUUUUUGUUCUCGUGUAAUGUGGGGGCAAUUAGUGUCAAAAGGCAUAAACACACUUUUUAUACCAGAGCAUCAUUGAAGUAAAAAUGAUAGGCACUGAUUUACACUUGAGAGUUUUGUUUCUUCAUAAUAAACUUAUUGUUAGUUGGUGUCAAUAAAUGAGUGUUUUCAAGGA